AUGCAUAUGCGACCGCAUUUACUCUUAGCAAUAAUAGCUCUAACUCAAUGUGUGAGCGCAACUCAAGUUUCCUUUAGAAGCUGUGCAAACCAGCAGAGCUCUCUAAAUGUCAACAGUGUGGACGUUCUGUUCGAUGAAAAGAAAAAUGAACUUGCCUUUAUCAUAGAAGGCGAUUCGAAUACGACAGUAUACGGAAGUGGCCAGAAUUUUCUGGCGACCGCAUUUACUACUGUUAAUGUAGUCGAGGACAAGCUAGUCGAUGACACGGAAAACUAUUGUCAACAAACUGCUUGUCCAUCUUAUCCGGGACCUGUAACAAUACAAAAGAUCGUGAACUUACCCCGCUCAGUCCCACUUACAACCCUAACUGUAACUUACAGAGCAUCCGAUGAAAAUGCAACUCAAAUUACGUGCCUCGACUUUGACUUUACUCCUCAAUACAAUUACUAUUCUCAAGUUUUCACAUGGCUCCCUGCUUCGAUGACGCUAUUCACCUGGGUUGCCAGCUCAAUUGCAUGUGUAUUCAGCCCUGGUCAAUUCACAACUGACAUAUUCCAAAUUACAAGCAAUCAGGGACAAUCCUUAAAGUUUAAGACUCCAGGGUUUUUUGAUAUAAUGUUCUACACUCAAUUUGCAAUCGCAACUGCUCAGCUCUCGUUGGAUUAUCCUGGAUAUUAUCAGCCGUUUAUGAGUCAUUUUGGGUGGGGUAGUUUGAUAUUCAAUCACACUGAAAUAGUAUCGGUUCAGCAUGAAAUUCCUGCAUUCAACAACAUCAACAUCAUUAAAUCGAGAGCCUUGGAGCUUACAAAGAGGGUCGGGAUAUUCAGUUCAAAUUCAUUAACAUUAACACUGCAAGAAAGUCUUGAUUUGUUGGGAGGUCUUGGCAAUUAUGUAUUAUUUACGGGUCUACGUCCGGUAAACUUGUUUCCUGAAACUUUAGUUAUUUUUUUAAUAAUAUUCGCAAUCGUGGCCGUGUUGUGUGGGCUGAUAUGGGGAUCUUGGGAGACCCUGAAGACAAUAUUCUCCGAGAAGUUUAGAGGAUCCACGGCUAAAGGGUUUUCUCUUUUACAAGGAAGUCUAUUGCGCGUCUUCUUUCUCUUCUACUUUCCGCUCCUCACAGCAGCCUUCUACCAGCUGACGAUACGUAAACUCAACCCUGCGUGGGUCACAGUUCUAGCUGUGAUAGUCGUACUCGUUCCAUGCCUAACACUGCCCGUUGUAUUGUCAAUAUAUCUGUUACGUAGCGAACAACUCUCCACAGAUUCCCAUAUGCUACUACGUUAUGGCACUUUAUAUAACACAUUCAAAAAGGAUUAUACAUAUUUUUUAAUAUUUGUAUGGAUAUACCUGUUUCUCAGAGCGAUGGUCACUGGAAGUGGACAAGACAGUGGUGCAGCACAGGCAACUUUGUUACUUAUAAUAGAAAUAUUGUAUUUGAUCGCUAUAGUUGUCAAACAGCCUUAUAAACGAGGAGGGUUGAACACGAUGUAUGUAGUCUUAGGGCUGUUCAGGACGUUGAUAUCCGGGCUGCUUCUUUUGCUUAUUCCGAAUAUUAAUAUCGCCAAGGAUACUAAAGAGAUAGUCGGGUAUGCCAUUAUAACUUUUCAUGGGCUGGCAUAUUGUACAUUCACAUUUCUCGCUUUGAAACACCUACUUGAAAUAUUACUCCGUUGGUGCGGAUUACUUGAAAAGCAAGACGCGGGCGUGGUGUCACACAAAGACAGCACCAGUAGAUAUUCUGCGCCUAGUGAUAAGCACAAAAGCAGUGCGGGUAACAGUGACGAGGAACGUAGAGGAAGUAAUGCUACUCCUAUUCGCUACGGACCCCACCAUACGUAUGAGCAUGUCCAUGACGGGUCAGUGAGUGGGAGCGCAUUCGAAGGAGACCACACCGUAUCUGAUGAAAAUGGGUCUACAUAUCACGGGUCACAAAGACUAUCUUCUGCUGAUGUUACAGAUGAAAGUUAUUACCGUCCAUCCAAAUUAGAAUGGAUAAAAAGGCAACAAUCACAAAGUAAUGGUAGAGAACAACCGACAUCGGGAGCUGCACCAGUAUACUUUAGCGAUGCGAUCGACGAACGCAAUAAUAGUAUGAGCUCAUAUUCCUUCCCAUCUAACAAUUCGGACAUAGUCGCGUCUAUGAGCUUACCGAGACGAACUCCGUUAGGACAAAUGACCAAUAUUCAGCCGUGGAAUCCUAACAUGCAAACGUCAGCAUCCGGAGUCGCUACUAAUGUCCCUCCCGUGCAUGGACGACUCGGAUCUGUUGAUUCAGUAAUAAUGAUGCAUCCCGGUCCAGUCUCUAGUACGGCGGAAGAGAGCACGACUUAUCAACCACCACGUCAGCCACUUGCAGGCGAAUAUAGUACGUUUGGGAGGCAAAAUGGCGUUUCUGAAAAUAUUAUUGCUCCUCCCCCCGGAGUAACUCAACCCAGUCAGUCUAGUUCGUUUCUUUCUCGGUUUGCCAAGAAAAUAUUUGGUUUUAAGAAAAAGCAAGAUGAAAUGAGCUCUGGUCCAUACAGUGCAUCCCGCUUCGAUAAUGGAUCGUUGAUAGAUAGUCGAGUAGCUGGGGUCGACCGUACACUAUUUGUUGUCAACCCGGAUAAUCCUCAUAGAGCGAGUAUUGUUCACGUUGGAUUCCCUGCAUCUGAAGAUUAUGAUACUGACACAAGGCGGGGUGAAGAUAGGAAUGAUAAUAGGAGCGGAAAUAAUUUUGCAAGCGAAAGUCGAGAUAAUACAAACGCCGGGCUUUUCACCAACACGUCUACGGGAAUGUUAUCAACUGGAUUAUCGGGCAGAUCAUUAGGAUCACCUAAUUCGUUUAACAGUUCUACUAACACAUUGAGGGACGAGUCAGUUGGUCGGACAUCUGAUACUCUAACCCGUAGGUCACCUUAUUCCGUAUCGCCGACUUUCUCGCCCAAUUUACCCCCCUCUAUAUUGCCCACCAUGUCGCCGAAUUUGCCACCCACCUCAACACAUUCAACGCCUGCUUUGUUGCCCACAUUAUCAUACACCGCGCAAUCUCCUGCACCACGUACUUUUACACCUAUUUCACAACGUUCUCUGUCACCCCUUCCAUUAUCUCAAUCUGCUAAUACCUACAACAUAGUUCCUCAAUAUGACUAUGCCACUGGUAGUGGUAGCCAAAGGUUUGAAAUUGACGCAACAAGGAGCGUAGGAUCAAGUACGUCCAGUCGCUAUGACGAGGAUGAGGAAGAGAUUCAUCCUAUAGAUAGUGGAUAUCAGAAUAAUUUCAUAUGA